GCUUACAAGUUAGUGGGUAGGGUGUAUGUAUGUUUGGUUUCCCAGAACAGAACACUGAGGUUGUCAAAACAGACAAAAACGGAGCAUCUGAAAAAAGAAAAGGAAAAAUGAAUUCUCGUCGCUUCGGAUUCACGGUCUUGGCCAUUCUCUUCUUCACGAUCGUUCCCAAUGUUCAGAGCAACGCAGCAAAUGAAGUGCCUGAGCGGAGCUUCAAACCCUCAUCGCCGUUUUCAACUGCGCUCGAAACCCUUCAGAAGCAAAUUGGCUAUACUUUCCAGAGCAUUGGUCUUCUUCGCCGUGCCAUGACACAUGCCUCCUUCUCUGAAGAGAACAACCGAGCUUUGAGCAUUCUAGGUGCCAAUGUGAUUGAAACAUCUGUCUCUCUCCGAUUACUUGGAAUGGAUAUUGAUAUUUCUGCAAAAGAUCUGAACCGUCACAUAGCAGAGAUAUCCACAAUGGAAUCGUCUUGCUUGGCGGAUGGGAUUCGGCUGGGGUUGCAGAAGGUGGUCAGGGUUUCUCCCAAGACUGAUUCUUCGGCUCCUGCAGUGGUUUGUGGUGCUUUCCGAGCAAUCUUCGGUGCUAUUGCUAUUGAUGCUGGGAAGUCCGAUGAUGCUGGAAAAGUUUUCUGGGGCGUUCAUGGUGGUGAUGUUGUAGGAACUCUUGCAUUGUAAGUUGAGCUUUCUGUUAGUACGCUAUUAAAAGCACCUAAAAACUAAACUACUAUUGGCUAGUUAUGAGUUUGGUCUUGAUGGAAAGAUCUGUCAGUGUGUUCGCUUGCUUUCUUAGUUAAGUGGACGAUUGAUGUAUUUAUGAAAAAGACUUCCAUGGGCUGUUGGUCUGUAUAAUGUAGUUACGUAUUUAAGUUUGUGUUAGGAUAUAAAUUCCUUGAGUCA